CGUGGAGACAGCAGAGCCUGCGGAAGGCGGCGGCGGCGGCGGCACCUGCGAGCCGAGGCUGGGGCAGGGCAUGGUCGCGCUCGCCGUACUGUGAGAGCGGAGCGGCCGCUGGGUCCGCCAUGCGCCGACGGCGCUGACAUGGGCGCCAGCGGCUCCAAAGCCCGGGGCCUCUGGCCCUUUGCCUCCGCUACGGGGGGCGGCGGCCCUGAGGCGGCAGGCGCUGAGCAAUCUUUGGUGCGGUCUCGAGCCCGAGCGGUGCCCCCCUUCGUAUUCACGCGCCGUGGCUCCAUGUUCUAUGAUGAAGAUGGGGAUCUGGCUCAUGAGUUCUAUGAGGAGACAAUCGUCACCAAGAAUGGGCAGAAGCGAGCCAAGCUGAGGCGGGUACAUAAGAAUCUGAUUCCUCAGGGCAUCGUGAAGCUGGAUCCCCCCCGAAUCCACGUGGAUUUCCCCGUGAUCCUCUAUGAAGUGUGAGCCUGUGGCAUGGCAGACACAAGCACCCACUGCCCCAGCAAGAAACUCCCAGGCUCAAGGUGUAGCUUCCAUUCAGGAGUCCAGGCUGGUGCCACAACCCUGAAUAAACUAAUCUCCAUUGGCCCAGAACCUUCAGUUGUAAAAGGGACAGUCCCUCAGUGUUAACUGGUAUUGGUUUAUGUCUGAACAGUAAGUGGUUAGUGGCUUGUGAGGGAUAAUGGCAGAAUUACCAGCCCAUCUCCCCCAGCCGCUUCUUGAAGAAGCCUGGCAGGACACAUGCUGGUCAGGAAUGCCUGGUUCCUAGUUCCUCGCCUGACCUGCUUUCUUCCAAGCUUGCCUAGGGCCCAGCACUUUACAGAGUCUGCCUUCUUCCGGCCCCUGGGCUGUGGGGGCUGGACCCACGUGGGAGCGACCUUCCCCUCACUUCCCUUCCCCCUAGUCAAAGCAUUCAGCCGUUUGCUACCUCGAUUCCUCCUGUGACACAGACAGAGACUGGGGAUAGUGCUAGCCUCGUUCUUCCUGCCUCCCUGCCACUCGUUCCUGCUCCAAGAUGGACAGUUUGCUGGCCGUUAAGUAAGAAUGGGGACUAGUGUGGGAGGCUCCUUUCACCCAGGGCUGGACUGAUCUCUCUUGAUUUCUCCCAGGUGCCCUCCCCCCAGUUGGGAGGGUGCAGGCCGGGGUCAGGACAGGCUGUGAAUGCCUGUGCCUGUGGGGACUCGCCCCACACCACGUAUGCUGUCUAAUCUCCCUUGUCUUUGCACCACAGUCCCACCCAUCCCCAACUGUCGGGGAGGGGCUGUUCACCACCCAGUGGUAAGAAGCAGCACGCCAGGGCUGGUGCCAGUAGCUGUGAGGAGCCCAUCACCCCUUCUCCUAUAGUAUCUUCACUACUUGAGGGUCAGUUAAGGGAAAAUACUGGAGCUCCUUGGUAAGGAUCAAAAGAAGGGAAAAACACAUAAAAGGAGUAAUUCAAAUGUGAAGGUUUGUAAAUAGACUACGAUGAUGUUGGGGCAGAGCUGGAUUAUUAUAUAGAGAUGGCUUUUAAAGAAAUCAUUGUAGACGCUCUGGGCAUCUAGAGUAUGAGAAAUGCUUGGGGAGGGUGGUCCCCAGCAUAGGAAGACUGUUGUGUUAUCUGUUCAGUUUCAAUAAAAUUAUUUGUAGACCCUGCA